AUGGGGAUUUCGGGUGUGGAGGGCGCCUCGGUAGGGGAAUUUGACCCGGCCCACCAAAGAUGGCUUCCAGUUGCGGAGUUGGUGUUGCCUGGGGACAAAGGUGAUCAGGUUUAUGCUGUUGCAUGGGCACCAAACAUUGGCAGACCAUAUGAAGUAAUAGCUAUUGCAACUCACAAGGGAAUUUCAAUAUGGCAUCUUGGAUUGGACCCUGACCUAGAUGGAAGGCUCUCAGUGGAAAAAGUUGCUCUGCUCUCCAGUCAUGAAGGCGAGGUGUGGCAGAUGGAAUGGGACAUGAGUGGAAUGACCUUGGCAACCACCGGAAGUGAUGGGGCGGUGCGGUUGUGGCAGUCUAAUUUGAAUGGCGCUUGGAUGGAACAGGCUGCAUUUGAACCCACUUCUUAGCCCCACCAGUGUGUUAUCUUUGACUUCCUUCAUGUUGUAGUCGCUAUUUCCUGUAUUUAUUAUCAAGAAAUCAGUCCUGCCAACAAGAAACACUUAAGAAAUCAGGAUU